CUAGUACUACGUCGUGCUUCGGGUUUUUUUUUUUACUGCGUGUUUACAUGUUUAAAGAGUAAAUCCAUGGUAAUCAGCUUCAGUUUAGUCAGAAGAUGGAGUGUCUCUCCCGGGUUCUCGGCUUGGAUUGGGUUGACAGCAGGGCUCUCCUCCUGUUUGUGGUUGUUUUUCUGCUGGCGGCGAAUGUUUUUAAGAACAGGGUGCCCAGAAACUUCCCCCCCGGACCCUGGUCGCUGCCGUUCAUCGGAGAUCUCCACCGCAUCGAUCCCUCCCGGAUGUACCUGCAGUUUACUGAGUUUGCAGAAAAGUACGGGGAUGUUUUCAGCAUUUGCCUCUUUGGUGAAAGAAUUGUCAUCAUUAGUGGCUACAAGUUCACAAGGGAGGCUUUGGUCCAGCAAGGAGAGAACUUUGUAGAUCGCCCCGGCAUCCCAAUCUUUGAAGACUUAAUUGGAAAGAAAGGUCUUGUAGGUUCCAGUGGUCAUUUAUGGAAGACACAAAGGAGAUUUGCUCUUCAAACACUCCGAAACUUUGGCCUGGGCAAGAAAACCAUGGAGAGAUCCAUCCAACAAGAGUGCCAGUACCUCACAGAGGCUUUCGCUGAACAUAAAGGCCAGCCCUUCAAUUCCCAGACACUUGUGAACAAUGCUGUGUCCAACAUUAUCUGCUGUUUGGUCUUUGGGAACAGAUUUGAGUACAGUGACAUGCAGCAGCAGGUGAUUCUCCAAAGAAUCAAUGAGACUGUUCGUUUACAGGGAAGCAUGGCAGUGCAGAUUUAUAACAUAAUGCCUUGGCUGAUGAAGCGGCUGCCUGGGGCCCAUCAGAAGUUAUUCUCUAUCACAAAGGAGUUAAUUGAUUUUAUACAAAUCAAGAUUAGAGAACACAAAGAGAACCUUGACCCAUCAUCACCUAGAGACUAUAUUGAUUCCUUCCUCAUAGAGAUGGGAGGGCAAGAAGACACAGAUUCAGGUUUUGAUUAUACGAAUUUGUGUUUUUGCAUCAUGGACCUGUUUGGUGCUGGAACUGAAACCACCACAACCACUUUACACUGGGGUCUCCUUUACAUGAUCUACUAUCCUGACAUACAAGAACGUGUCCAGGCUGAGAUAGACGCUGUGAUUGGUCCAUCCAGGCAGCCCUCUAUGUCUGAUAGAGAUAACCUGCCCUACACCAACGCAGUCAUCCAUGAGAUACAGAGGAUGGGCAACAUCAUUCCCCUCAAUGUGCCCCGAACAGCAAACAAAGACACCGUCCUGGAUAAAUACACUAUUCCAAAGGGAACCAUGGUUUUGGCUGCACUGAACUCUGUCCUCCACGAUGAGUCGCAAUGGGAGACCCCACAUUCCUUUAAUCCUCAACACUUUCUGGAUCAGGAUGGUAAAUUUAGGAAGAGGGACGCCUUCCUACCUUUUUCUACAGGUAAGCGAGUGUGUCUCGGAGAGCAGCUGGCCAGGAUGGAGUUGUUCCUCUUCUUCACCUGCCUCCUUCAGAGGUUUAAGCUGUCGUAUCCUGCAGGAGAGCAGCCCAGUCUGGAGUUCACGAUGGGCGGAACACGCGCACCCAAACCUUACCGACUCUGUGUCGUACCACGUUAAAGGCUGGUUUAUGCUCAGCAACCAGGUCAUCUGCUUGUGUGUCGCAGUUUACGCUGAUAUGCACCCCUCCAUUCUGCAGACAUUCCGGUGUAGACAUUCUCCAAAAUUGUAGGUGACCGCAGACAGGAGGCCUCUGAUUGGUCAAAUCUACAUCCGCUAUACACUAUGAGGAUUUCCUGUUUGUUACCUUAAUGGCUGACCGCCAUUGUGGAAAACAACUCGUGAAGUUAGACCAGCUAGAAGAGCGAGGUGCUAGGUACCUUUUUUCUAACUCUUUUUGGCCCUCAUGUCCCUCCGUUGUUGCACAAACUCGCCCCUACU